GGACCCUUCCAUCAUAGUUAAUCAACGGCUCAGAUCGCUCCACAACUCUCGGAAGAUUCUCGAACCCCAAACCCCCACCACAACACCAUCCCCUAUAACCGCCGCCGAAGGACUCCCCAAAUCUGAACAAAAUCUAAAUCCCUCGGGAUUAAAGAAACGAAAUCCGAGGAGAUGGCGUGGAUUGUGGUGGUUUGAGUCGAUGGGAGUUCAAAUUCGCUUGCUGUGAAGGUUCUUGCAUUGUUCUGGUGACUGCUACUAGGAAUAUUUUGGAUUAGGAUGGCGUCACCCGAAUUUGUUCUUUGUUCUUAACUUGUCCUUCUUAACUCAGCAGUGUUUUUUUAUUUUUCUUUUAAAGUGCCACACCGGUUCUCCCUCAAUUUCCAUUAGGCAUCAUGACCUCUUCUGUACAUGAUUUGGCAGAUAAAAGUGGAUCCGAUGAGCAGCAAAAGCAGUCUCAACCAGAAAUCCAGCAUCAGUCCCUUGCAAAUGUGACUGCUCAACCUGGCAUGCCUGUGCAAUCUGCUCCAUAUGUGAUACCUCCCAAUCCCAUGGCAAUGGGGCAUAUUAUGUCUCAGACGUACCCAAUGAUGGAUCCCUACUAUGGAGGCAUGGUUGCGGCUUAUGGUGGACAAACUGCGAUCCAUUCCAGCUUGGCAGGUGUGCCCCAUCCUGGGGUACCACUGCCUGCUGAUGCGGUUGAGGAGCCAGUGUAUGUCAAUGCAAAACAAUACCAUGGCAUCUUGAGACGUAGACAGUCACGCGCAAAAGCUGAAUCAGAAAAUAAGUUGAUCAAAUCCCGUAAGCCUUAUUUACAUGAAUCUCGUCACCAGCAUGCUUUGAAGAGGGCAAGGGGAUGCGGAGGCAGAUUCCUUAACACCAAAGCGGAUGGAAGUCAACAAAACUCAGAGCCAGUCCAACAUACUGGGAAUUCAGGCUCUGCAGACCAACCAAAUGGAACCAGCUCUGGUGAUAAAACCCAGAACUCCGAGCAGUAGUUGAUAAUCGACAAGCAUCACCCGUUAAUAGCUCAAGAACUUGCAUUGUUUGAUCCUCUUUCUUGUACCUUUAGUGAUGCGGUGUAAAGGAUUCUGGAGGUAGAUAGUUUUGAGGGGAAAAAUAAGACUUGUAGUAUCAUUGCUAUAAUACUUGUUCAGGUUUGGGAUAUAGAACAACAAUCAGAGUCUUAUUCUUCUUUCUCUAAGGAUGCCAAUUCAAGCUGUCAGUAGUGUGUACCAUCAGUGUAAAUAUAUGCAGUUUAAACAAGAGACUCUGUGUGGCUUUUUUUUUUAAAAUUUUUUUGUCACAAUGACUGGAUCUAUAUAAAUAUUGAA